AUGCGCCGCAUGCUGGGCCUGGCGCCCUCCCCGGCAGACUUGUGGCGGGCACGCAAGCUGCUGGCAGCCAAGGUCGAGGAGGAGGAGGAGGAGAAGAAGCAGGAGCCAGUGAAGAAAGUCAAGGCGCAGGCUGAUGAUGAUGAGGCCGAGGCGAAGGAGGAGGAGGAGCAGCCGGCGAAGAAAGUCAAGGCACAAGCCCAAGAGGCGGAGAAGGAGGAGGAGGAGCAGCCGGCCAGGCAGCAGGAGGAUCCCGCUGUCAUUGAGGAGGAGGCUGAGGAGGAGGAGGGGAAGGAGGGCAAGCCGCGGGCCGCCACGGCGCCCUGGGCGCGGCGCAUGCGCAAGAGCCUGGACCAGCGGCAGCCGUGGGAGCGCGACGCCAAGCCCGAGGGCGUGCCCGUGGCCUCCGCCGACGGCCGCGUGUCGGCGGCGGCGCUGCAGGUCGGGCUGUACCUGCCGCUGCUGCUGCCGCCGUGCUCCUUUGGAGACGACCUCAACUUUUGCCUGGGCCAGCGCUGGCUGAUUGAGCCUCUGGACGACGGCGCCGGCUCCAGCCUGCCUGCGGACUUGUACGCCCAGCAGCGCCUGGCCCGCCUGACCGCGCGCCCGACGCCGCAGGGCGCCAGCCGCCUCACCGCCUCCUCUGCGGCCGGCGCCUGCGACAGCGGCCUGUCCGGCGCCGGCUCCCCCCAGUGCUGGACGCUGGCAUACGACCAAUGCAUCGACGGCUUUGCCAGCCGCGCGCACCUGCCCCGCCACGUCGUCGCCAACGAGCCCUCGGUGCUGGCCAGCCUCUACCAGUCGACCUUCAGCAGCGGCAGCUUCGGCAACCCGGCAACCCCGCCCGCACAGUACUCCCGCGUGUGCCUGGCAAACACCGCCACCGCCGGCAGCCAGGCCUGCAAAGACGUGGCCCCCAACGAUUACCUUAUCCAGGUGGUGGGCAUCCGCCCCGCCUCCUACGGCCCCUGCGACUUCCAGGCAGGUGCCGUGUACGUGGUGACGGCGGCGGUGGACGUGGGGGGGCGGGUGGAGGCCUAUAACACAUCCAGCCCCGCGCUGUCCCGCCGGUAG